CUAACGCCCACCUCAGCCCCUUGGCCUCCAGCCACAACCCCAGGCCCAAGGCCAAGAAGGGCUCCACCCUGGUCUAUCCCAAGCCGGAACCCCUGGAGAUGGAGAUGGAUGUGGGGUUCUCCAGUCCGCUUGGGGGGUACAGCAGCAGUAAUGGAUCUCAGGGUUCUCAGAAGUGGCCCAACUCUGCUGGAAAUGGCCAGUCCUUCAACUCAGGUUCAGACCAGGAGCUCAUGAUCACCUGUGAGUUCUGCGGCCAGUUCUUUGACAGCCGCAAGGCCCUGUCCUGCCAUGCCCGCUCCCACCUGCGCCAGCUGGGAGUCAUGUGGUCUGUCAACGAGUCGCCCAUCGACCUGCUGAGAGACAUCCUGCUGAAAGAGGGCAGUGCCACCGCCACCCAGGUCAAGAGGGAGCCAGCGUCCACUCACUCCAGUGCCAGCCCGGCCUGGGCCAAUCACAGGCGGUUCUCUGAGCCUUCGUGGGCUCCCCAGGGCUCUAAGAGGACGUUCACUCCUCCACUGGACUACUCCCUCAACGACAAGCCUUCCCCUGAUAAGAAUGGGUCCUCCCAGUCUGGUAAACUAACAGUGCUAACGCCUGAUUAAAGCCCAGUGGAUCUCAGCCAGGUUAUUUGUGGCAGGCAACUGUUUUCCAUUGCAGCUGUGUUAUAUGAUGGCAAUUGUAUUUAGCAGAUGCUCUUGCCAAAGGUGACUGAUCCCAUUAUUAGUAAAAACAAAUCAAAAUCAACUAGGUAACCUGCCUAGUAAUUAGUGCUGAAAUAGAAACGUUUAUCACGUAAAAAGUUUCAACUGUCAAACUUCUGUUUUUAACCGCCAUGUCCUCUUCUCUCCUUCC